AAAUUGGCCACAAGUUUCUCUCUUUCCCCUCUCUCCAAUUAUUAUACUCCAACAUGACCCCUCCAAUUUUUGUUGCUUAGCUUUUGGAAUAGAAUAUCUGCUUCUGUGCCCUUAUUUUACCCUAAUACCAACUUCUCUUCUUCUUCCUUCUUCUUCUUCUUCUUCUUCUUCUUCUUCUCUCCCCUUUUUUAUGCCCUUUCUCUUUAGAAUCUGGUAAAUGAUAAAAAGGGUUGAUGCAUAAUGGCUUCAGCUUCUAGAAUUAUGGACAAUAAUAAUCUUGUUCAACAGCAGCCUCAAUCAUCAUCAGCUGCGCCCUUGAAGUGCCCUCGCUGUGAUUCUUCCAACACAAAGUUUUGUUAUUACAAUAAUUACAGCCUCUCCCAGCCCAGGCACUUCUGCAAGGCAUGUAAACGCUACUGGACCAGAGGCGGAACCCUAAGAAAUGUCCCCGUCGGCGGCGGCUGCCGGAGAAACAACAAGCGCCUCAAGACCUCUUCUUCUUCCUCUUCUACAGUCAACGCUGCUGCUGCCGUUAAGUCAACUCCAGCUAAUUCUACUGCAAGUCAAAACCCUCAUCCCCAAAAUAGCACCAACCCAAUGUUCUAUGGGGUAAAUAAUACUGACCCAUCUGGCCUAAAUCUUCAGUUUUCAAGUGUGGAAUCUGUUCCUGGACUUAAUCUUUCGCCGCCGCAGUUUGAUGCCAUUGGUGGAUUAGGGUUUUCAUCUGCUCUUCUCUCUGGGUUCACUAAUAAUUCCGCUACUGCUUCCAAUCACUUCCAUCAUCAUCCCACCAUUUCAUUUGAGCGAAAUUCACAGCUUUUGGGCAAUUUUGAAGCUAGUUUGAUGAUGCCGACAAAGGACGUGAAAAUAGAAGGCUUGAACAGGUUCCGCCCGAAUCAGACCGAGCAAAUUGAUCUGGGGAAUUUCUCGGACCCCUUGUCUCAUUAUUGGAAUCCGACAACAGUGACGGGGAAUUGGCACGAUCCGACGAGUAAUGGGUCCUCAAUUGCUUCUCUAUUCUAGGAGAUGGGGGUAUUAUUUCAACCAUUUAUCUGUAUUUCGAUCUCCCUCUAUGAUUUUAAGAGAGCAGAUGAAAAGGGGAAAGAAAAGAGAAAGAAGAAAGUAGAAGAAAGUAGAAGAAAGUGGGAUCGGAGUGAUCAUGUCAGCUGCAAAAAAGCUCAAAACCCUGAAAACUUUAUCGAUGUGGGUUUGAGAAUUUUUAUAGUUAAUUGCGCUGAGAGGAACCUCGGAUCCUCUUUCAUUUCGUCAGUAAAAAGAAGUUAAAGCUGAAGUUUUUUACUUUGAACACAACUUUCACAUCCUUUGAUUUGGAUUCGGAUUUCAAGCUAGAAAGACAAGUCUUUAGCUUCGCAUGUAAAUUCAUGCAUGCAUCUAAAAGGAUCAGAUACGUUUUUCUCCUUCAUUUUCCUUUUUUUUUCUUUUUUUUUGAGGUAUAUAGUUAAGGGUAUAGGAAGAUCAGAGGGAGAUUUGUUAUCGCAAUGGUGAUGAGAAAUAGAUCUCGUUAAAUUUAAGGUUUUCUAUAUGUUUUUUCUUUGUUGGUUUUGUAACGUCAUUAACAAGGAUAUUUGGUCUGGGAAAAGAGGAAUGUUUAUGUUUGUUUACCUUCAUUUUCAA